UUCUGCUUGAUAUAAGAGACAUACACUCGCUCCAACAAUUCCCAUACGGGACCGAACACAAACAGUUUUUAAACAACAUCAACUCACAUUCAUACAACAUGAAGGGGAACUUUGCCCUCGUCGCCCUGGCUGCUGGCAUCAGCCAAGUGGCUGCUUUUGGCUUUCACAAUGCUCCUUCAUUUAGCUGCCCAGACAACCAGGACAACCAUUGUACCCCGGACAUGAACGGUGGUUUCGACUGGUCAGACCUUCCUUUUGGUGGCUUCGGUAGUUACAAGGGAUUCAACUACAAGGGCUACGAAUGCUCUCAGAAGUUUGGUAAGCGGGACACAAUCACUGGACGAACCUUCCAGUCGAAAUGCAUCACCGGCAAGGCCACUCAGGACAGAGACAACAGCGCCAAGAUCAGCUGUGAUAAGAGCAAGGGCGUUGAUAAGACGUCCAUCAAGUGGUUCCAGGUCACACCGGAAUUCGACUGCGACCUAGAGUUCCACUACACCAUGCCUGAUGGAUCAAACUGCAAGCACCGCAACCAUUGCAAGUCUUCUGGUACCACGGUUCACAACACCCAGUGCGGUGGUGCUACAGAUGUCACCAUUGUCUACCCUCACCAGCCUGAGAAGGGCAAGGACCACUGCAACUACGGUAUUCACCACAUCGGCUUUGACUGCGAGGGACCCAAGCCCACCACCAGCAAGCACCACAGUUACCCUGUGUACACUCCCACCUACUCCGUCAGCACCCCGGCCAGCACUCCGGCAGAAUCUACUCCUGUCGAGACACCCGGUUACUCAGUUAGCACUCCCGUUGAGUCUACUCCUGCUGAGUCCACUCCCGUCGAGACUCCUGGUUACUCAGUCAGCACUCCUGUUGAUCUACGCCUGCUGAAUCCACUCCUGCUGAGUCUACCCCUGCGGAGAGUACCCCAGUUUCUACUCCGGCUGAGUCGACUCCUGCCGAAUCAACCCCUGCCGAAUCUACACCCGCUGAGUCUACUCCAGCUGAGUCUACUCCUAUCGGUAGCAGCUCGACAGCCGCUGUGUCUACCCCUGCUGAGACACCCAGCUACUCGGUAACCAGCUACAUCACCACUUCAACAGUCUUCACCACCUCCGUUCAGACCAUUACCAGCUGCGGCCCUGAAGUCCCCAACUGCCCUGCUGGUUCUACUGCGGUCACCACUGUGACUAUCCCAGUCUCCACCACUGUUUGCCCAGUCACCGAGACCAUCAGCAAGCCCGUUGAGAC